AAGAAGCAGGAGGAACACGGAAGUGAAGCUGUGUUGUUUGUUUCCGUCUUCUCUGGAGUCAGAACUUGAUCUCGGGUCGGAACCAUGGCCGUGAGCGCAGUCCACCUGGAGUCCGACGCCUUCCUGGUGUGCAUGAACCACGCGCUGAGCACGGAGAAGGAGGAGGUGAUGGGGUUGUGCAUCGGGGAGGUGGAGGUGUCCCGGAUCGUCCACAUCUACUCCGUCAUCAUCCUCCGCCGCUCGGACAAGAGGAAGGACCGGGUGGAGAUCUCCCCGGAGCAGCUGUCCGCCGCCUCCACCGAGGCGGAGCGGCUGGCGGACACCACCGGAAAGCCGAUGCGGGUGGUUGGCUGGUACCACUCCCACCCGCACAUCACCGUGUGGCCGUCCCACGUGGACGUGCGGACCCAGGCCAUGUACCAGAUGCUGGACCAGUGCUUCGUGGGCCUCAUCUUCUCCUGCUUCAUCGAGGACAAGAACACCAAGACGGGUCGGGUUCUGUACACCUGCUUCCAGUCCGCGCAGGCGCAGAAGGGCUCCGAGUACGAGCGGGUGGAGAUCCCGGUGCACGUCGUUCCUCGGGACGCCAUCGGGAAGGUGUGCCUGGAGUCCGCCGUGGAGCUGCCGCGGAUCCUGUGUCAGGAGGAGCAGGACACGUACCGCAAGAUCCACAGCCUGUCCCACCUGGACCCGGUCACCAAGAUCCACAACGGCUCAGUGUUCACCAAGAACCUGUGCAGCCAGAUGUCUGCGGUGAGCGGCCCGCUGCUGCAGUGGCUGGAGGACCGGCUGGACCAGAACCGGCAGAGCGUGGAGGAGCUGCAGAGAGAGAAGGAGCGGCUGCUGCUGGAGCUGGCUGCUCUCUGAGCCGGUUCUGGUCCUGGUCUUACUCCUCACACACAGCUGGACCUCAGAGCUAAACCCCAGACCCCGGCCUCUUCUCUUCCUGUAGUCCUUUAUCUGGUUCUGGAUUAUCGGGUCUCCAGAACCCUUUUCUGUGUGGUUUUGGACCUUUUUGGUCCUGGUUCUAAAACAUUUAAGCUCUUGAACAUUUCUGACAUGGAGAAAGGCCUCUAACUCAAGGGAUGAGCCAGAUUUGUCCACAGCCCUGUUCAUGGUUCUGAACUGAUCCGGACCUUUAUAGGAGUUUUGCUGCUGGAGUGAAGGCGGUUCUGAGUGGACCCAGACAGCUCCUACAUCAGUGAGCAGUUCUUUUGAAGACGUACUGGAUACAGAGUUGUUUUAUUCUGGUUCCGGUCCAGGUCGGUCUUUAGAAUACGGGUGCUUCAGCCGGGUACCUGCGGUGUGUGAAACAGAAAAACUGGAUUCAUGAACACUGGUGCCAAAGGAAAGUCUGGUCUUGUGUUCUCAGAUGUUCUCGUCCCACGCAGCAGAACCAGAACCUUUGAAACCUUUUGAGCUGCUGAGGUUUUUCUAACCAAACCUAAGUUUAUGUUUUUGUCUUUUCCCAUUUAAGGUUUCCACUCUGA